AUGAGGGUCACCUCGGUCUUCCGAGCUGCAAGUCAUGGAAGGACCCCACUGAUCAAGUUCAUAGGAAAACGUUCACCACCGAAAUCCGUUGAUCACACCCCACAUGCUCAUCCGGCUUCCCCAAGUGAAUCAUUGCCCGACUCCUUCGCCAAUUACAGAUCGAAAGCUCAGCAGCAUGGACCUCUAGCUGGUGGUGGAGGAAGCAAGACUACUCCUUCUGCGCCAAUAUCGUCUCUCACAUACGGAGCAGUCGGCGGUCGUGCAGGAAGGGAGCUGGGCCCGGUGCAGCCGAAGCAGGGAGAAUACUUCGAUCGAAAUGAGCUCCCUAUGAGGUUUCGAAGAACUCCGUUCACCGAGGCAGAGAUGGAAGCUAUCCAGACUGGGGGCGCGAGUCUGUAUGGUUGA